GUGUCUGUAAGUGCUGUAAACUUAUGCGGCUUAGUACUGGAUCGUUUUACUGCCAUCAUCCAUCCUCUAAGAUACAUUACUUUGAUGACUCGCCCUCGAAUUAUUCAAGUUAUUUUCUUCUCUUGGGUUCUACCAGUUAGUUUUAAUGUGCUAAAAGUUAUCCUUUAUACGUUUUAUUUCAAAACAAUUCCUGCCCCCGUUUUUAUUUGGCUGAGUAUUAUUUUCUUCGAGUUCCUACCAAGUGUUGUCUUAAUGCUCUUCUUUGUAUCAAUGAUAUUUCACGUACGCAGGCUUGGUCGGUUAGCACGCAUCGUAGCAGAGCAGCUACGUUUUAACCAUCAGAUGUCGUUUAAAAUCCAUCACCAGAGGUCUGCAGUAAUAAUGAUGGGUCUUGUGAUAGGAGUGUUUCUUGUUUGCUAUGGGAUGUAUCUGCGUUGCAGUUUUACAAUACUAUUCCACACCACCUCAUGUAAAGAUGAAAACUACAAAAUUCCUUUCUUGGUUUUAAACUCAGCCAUUAACCCUCUGGCUUAUGCCUUUUUCAAAAGAGACAUAAAGAAAGAGUUUAAUUGA